UGACAAGAACGGCGAACGUACUAGAACUGCCAGCAGAAAGGCAACACCAGUCCAACCUCCGGCAGUCCCGGCUGGAGGCUGAAACAUUCAAACUGCCACACCAAAAUUCGCCAUCAUGUUGGUGUGGCUAGUUGUGCUGGGAUUAAUAGCUUACCUGGGUGAAGCCGCCCAGCCAGAUCCACCAGCAUCUGGCAUUACAACCGUUGGUUCCCUCAGAAUCGCCACGGCUGAGGAUUGCGCUGGGGUGGUGGCAUUUUCCGCAACAUCGGGGACAAAUAAUGAUGCCCGACUGAUCUUCAGCGAGACGUUAGUGAACAAGGGCGUUGGUUAUGUCGCAGAAACUGGAAUAUUCACAACACAUUGUCCUGGACUCUAUCAAUUUAGUUUUGCUGGAUAUGGAAGCUCGGACUUAAAGUUAACAUUGAAGAGAAAAGCCAACAAAUCGGACAGCUGGAGGCCAAUUGUAUCAGCUGGCCCCGGUGGUGGAGCAAAUAUUGUAUUGUUUGAUGCCGAAAUUGGGGAUCAGUUUGCCGUAUUCGUUGAUGCUGGUAAAACCACUGAAGGUUUGACGUACACAGGUUUUCGUGUUGCUAAAAAAUUAUGAACAUUCAGACGGAGUUUAUUAGGCUGGGAUCUUCAUCGAAAAAUCAGAGCGGAAAUUUAAGAUUAAAACCGAAAUUAUUUGCCGCCUCGAACGCUACUCCCGACGUACCUUUGUACAUGUUAAGUUUUUUUUUUCUCUUUCAUCUGUCCAGUUUCACUAAUUGAUGA